CCACGGAAGAUGGCGCGCGUUAGUACUAGGGAAGAAGAGGGCCCUUCGUGCAGCUCUUGCAGGAGGAGGAAGACCAAAUGCUCCAGAGACCAGCCGUGUUCCAAUUGUUCCAAGAUUGGCGCCAACUGUAUCUACGACGGGGGUAAGAUGAAGCCCGGACUCCGGACUGGUGCUGUGGAAAGUCUAAGCCAGAGGCUCACCGCCCUCGAAAACAUGUUUGUUGGACAAGGCAUCAUGUGGCAGCAGAUGCUGAAUGCCAUCUCCGGUGGUGGUGCCCAGCCUCACCUCAGCGAGUCACUACCCUCCCCGCCGAUGGGCUCACUACAGGAGCAGUCUUCAGCAUUCAAGCAAAGGCUGUCUUUCCUGACGUCAGGAGAUCCGGUUCAAUUCCAGGGCAACAGCAUAUCGACCUCAGCCACUACCAAAGCCGCCGCAUUAUCAGGUAUCGAAAACACGGAUCCCUGUCUUUCCAACACCCCUAUGCCACCGGAUGAGCUUGUAGACUCGCUGGUGGAAAUCUACUUUGAAACUGUACACCCUUGGAUUCCCAUGCUGCAUGUUCGGAAUUUCAGAGCUGCUCUUGCAUCUCCUGAGCAACGAGCCGGCAUGACGACUAUUCUACAAGCUAUUGUAUCUCUCUGCAUCAGGUUUUCAGACGAUCCCCUACUUAACGAGAAUCCAUCGUUGCGGACCUGGUAUGCUACGAGAUGCAGGCAGGCCGUCAUCCUCAAGAGUAUGGAGACAUUCUCGGUCCGAAACGUUCAAGCACUCAUCAUCUGCGCCUUUGACACGAUCGGUAGUGGACACGGUCCAUCGACAUGGUCCAUGGUUGGAAGCAUGGCAAGGACCGUGGAGCAGCUGCGCUUGAGCAAAGAGGAGAGCGAUGUUGCUGAGAGUGCUUCAGCAGGGAGAAGUCUCAUGAACAGAAUGACAUUCCUUCCUCCUUGCAAUGGCUGGCAAGAAGCUGAGGAGAGGCGACGUGUUUUUUGGAAUGUCUUUCUGAUGGAUAGAUUCUGCAGUAUCAGCACUGGAUGGAAUCCUUGCCUCACCAGCGCCGACUUCCAUCGCAGACUACCAUGUGAAGGAGCCAUCUGGGAAGAAAGUGAACACCUUCAAAUACCGACCCCAUUCUUUGGCACUUUGGACCAGAUGCAACAUCCAGAAGCUCUUCCUGAACUUCACAUGGAGAGGGAGGAAGAGCAGAACUCUCUAGGCGGAUUUGCAUACUGCAUAGAAGCCACAGAGAACCUCAGGCUGGUCAUCUUCUUCUUUCUCCAGCACGAGGUUGACUUUGGUAAUUCUCGUGAUAUUCAAAAGUGGCUCAUCAGAUUUAAGCAGCUGGACUUGCGUCUUAUGCAAUGGAAAGCACUCCUCCCCGAAACAUGGAGAGAAGCUUGUCUAGUCAACGACGAUGGCAACCUUGACCCUAACUUGGUGUUGGCCCACAUCACCCACAACACUGCUGUGGUUCUCCUUCACCAGGGUCUAGCUUAUCCUUCCUCAGACUGGAAGUCCAUACCAGCCAAGCUCCCAUCUGUCUCAAGUGCGGAGACCUGUCUGGCUGCGACAGAAGAAGUAUCACGUAUCACUACAAGAUUUCUUCCAACUUCACCUGUCUUGGCAAAUCCACAAUUCGCAUUCUGCUUGUUCGUAUGCGGCCGGGCAUUGCUUACACAUGCCGUCUUUCAAGAGAAGCCAAUAUCUCCCGUGUUUGAUUCCAUCUUGCAAAGCCUCGAUGAAAUCUCGAAACGGUGGAAUGGUAGACAUGCGAGCACGAGUUCCAACUUGGCGUCAAAGUUCAAAUCACGCCUCCUGCAAGCACGUCAGGAUGGUUACCACGGCGCUGCAAGUAUUCGUGAAGAGGCCUUUUCUGAU